UCUGCAAAGACACACUGAUACACAGAAGACAACGCGUCUAGUUCAACUGGUUCAUCUUCGUAUCAAACAUGGAGCCGCUAGUCACUAGUCGCGGCGUUCUUAAAGUUACAAUAUUUGCCGCUGUCGUUCAUUUAUUGGUGAAAGAGUUUCGGCAUCGGCUGGACGCGGAUGUGGCCGUGAUCCCGCCGUGCGCGCGGCCCCAGCCGGUCGGGGCGGAUGUGACGGGAGGCCCGUACACACACGGGGCGGUCGCCGCCGACGCGCUGAAGUGUUCUGCGAUCGGCCGGGACAUCCUGAAAAAGGGCGGUUCGGCUGUGGACAGCGCCAUCGCGGCGUUAGCCUGUGUGGAGCUGGUUCACGGCCACAGCGCGGGGCUCGGCGGGGGUUUGAUCAUGACAAUAUACAACAAGGAGACAGGCACGGCGCAGGUGAUCAACGCACGGGAAACAGCCCCUUCCGGAGCCUCCACAGACAUGUUUGGGUCGAACAACAUCAGCGCACAGUUCGGUGGACUUGCUGUGGCCGUACCGGGCCAGGUCCGCGGGCUGUGGGAGGCUCACCAGAGGUACGGGAAGCUGCCGUGGAGAGACCUGUUCCUCCCGGCUAUACAGCUGGCGGAGGAGGGCUUCUGUAUCGGCAGGCCUUUCGAGAAGGCUAUCAACAAGAACCUCGAGUUCAUCAACGACCCAAAGAAUCAUUUAUGUGACGUUUUAUGUGACGAGAACAACAACGUCAUGGGAGCGAACAUGACGGUGAAGCGGCCGAAGCUUGCAAAGACGCUCCGUGCGGUUGCUGAUGGAGGUGCAGACGCCUUCUACACAGGUGACAUCGCCAGGAAUCUGGUGAAGGACAUACGAGACGCAGGCGGCAUCAUCACUAAGCAAGAUCUCCGUGACUACCGGGCGGAAAUAUCGGAGCCUCUGAAGAUUUCUCUGUCGGGUGGACUGACGGUGCUGUCCCCGCCCCCGCCGGGAGGAGGCGCUGUGCUGAGUCUCAUCCUCAACAUUUGGGACGGAUACGGCCUGAACGCCUCCAGUGUAGACGGCAAAGAUAACCAGGUGCUGACGUACCACAGGAUGCUGGAGGCCUUCAAGUUCGCCUUCGCCAGGAGGACCGAGCUGGGUGAUCCCAACUUCGUCAACGUACAGGAGGUAGUGAGGAAGAUGACGUCCAAGUCGUUUGCCGACUCGCUGCGUCAGCAGAUUAGCGACACCAUGACGCACGACUGGCAGUACUACGACCCUGUGUACCACCUUCCCAAGGACGGCGGCACCACACACGUCUCCGUCCUGGGGCCUGGCAACGACGCCGUCUCCGUCUCAAGCACUAUCAACAGAUACUUUGGGGCAAAAUUCCGCUCAGCGUCCACUGGAAUCAUCCUCAACAACCAGAUGAGGGACUUUAACUUCCCAGGAAUGAGCAUACCUUACUACAUCCCUCCCAGUCCAGCGCAGUUCAUCCAGCCCGGCAAGCGGCCCAUGUCGUCGAUGGCCCCGCUCAUCGUGCUGAACAGUACCGGUGACGUCAGGCUGGUGCUGGGUGCCGCUGGCGGGGUCAGGGUGGAGACUGCCUUAGCUUAUGCGACUAUGCACUACCUUCGCUUUGGAACCAGCCUGGCAUCAGCCAUAGAGCUGCCACGUCUGCAUCACGCGUUAAGGCCGGACAAGAUCGUCACUGAAGUGGACAGGCCAUUCGAGCCAAAGGAAGUCUUUGAUCGACUAGCAGAGAUCCACGACACGAGGGACUCCUCCGCCAUAGCCGUACUGCAGGGCGUGGUGCAGGAGGGAGCCUCUAUAUUCGCACACUCCGAUUCAAGGAAGGACGGGCAUGCAGCAGGAUUCUGAUCACAAUACAAGCAAAUUUCUCAGAUGAACCCAAUUUUCAUGUGAAAAUCGGAGGAAUUUUCGAAACUUAGAGUUGAUUUUUAGAUUCACUGUCAACAAGUUGUCAAUAACUUAUGUAUACAGGAAACAGGGUAUUUUUCUCUACUGAAUUACAACUUCAGCUUCAGACGUGUGAGAUACUUGUAGAUAAGAGUGAAAAAAUAGUUAUAAGCAUAGACAUGUAUCUUCAUAUGUGCUAAUGUAUUUAUCUAGAACUCGCUCCCAUUCUUGAUUUUCACGCCACUGCUCAUGUGCAGCACUUUGAAGAUUGUAGACAGUCCUCCUAAACUCCCGGGAGAAUAACUUACUAAUUUAUGCUGUUAGGGUUAGGGUUGGUGCUAGGGAUAGGAAAUGAUAUGCGGAUGAUAAUUUGGAUGUAAUUUCGAGGCAAGAGUGCAAUCUUGUUUUGUAAUAUCGAUUUUUAUUUAUUUGUCUCCUGUGUUGUAUAAUUGAUACCAUGUAGUAGCCACCUUCUAUCGUUUACAAAUAGCAAUACCGGUGUGCAAUUUGAUUAAAGAAGACAUCAUUAAGUAGAUAAUGCGUGUUAUGAACCGGCUCUAAGCACGUGUCCACUACUACUCGAAUCUCCCUGUUUUAGAAGUAGGGUGGCCCGGUCAAGGCCCUGGAGUCAGCACAAUAAAACAUGAUUCUCU